AUGUCCCCCGCCAACCGAACGGUGCGCUUGCCAUCUGCAGCGCUCGUCGUCCUCUCCAUCAUCGCCCACCUCACAAGCGCACACCCGUACGCACUGCCGCAACCGACCAAGACCAUCGACUACCGCGAACUCAAUGUCCUGCCUUGGCCCCUCGCCGCGACUGCAGCCCCCGGUAACUUCGACGACUUGCUGAACCGCCGAGCCCUGAACACUGUCUGCGGCUACAUCGGAGGCGACCCCGCCCUCCCAGCUACCUGCUCUGCCGGAUCGCAUUGUGUUAUUGAGGUUGAGCAUGGUGCUGUUGGCUGUUGUCCCGAUAGCGGCGCUUGCACCCAGGGCGUCUACACAGCCUGUGUCGACUUGAAUAGUGGGGCGCAGUCGGAAGUCAAUCCAUAUGUGUUUACGUGCCAGGGAUCCGAUGUCUGUUACAAGAACAGUUUCGAGGGAGGGUACACUCAGUAUGGAUGCGGCACCUCGUCGGGAAUGGCCACAACAGUCGUAGGAACUGCUUCGGGAAAGUCGACUAUCCACCUUACUAGCAUAUCCGCCUCAGCAACGCAAACUGCGGAAUCCUCCGAGUCAACCAAGAAGUCGACCUCGUCGCGAACACGCUCCUCAGAAACAGCCACAGAAACAGCCACGGAAACAGCCACGGAAACAUCGACAACCGAAACAUCCACUACCAAAACAAAGUCAAACACCAAGACAUCCAGCACAGAAUCAUCUACUCAGAGUGCUUCCGAAACUUCGUCUGCAAGUGCGAGUACGGAGACUGAUGGGGCUUCAUCUACCAGUUCUGGGGAUGCCUCUUCAUCGUCGACAAGCGCAGCUUCUGCGCCUGAUACCGAUGGCGACAACAAUGGCUCGAAGAACACAGGUGCAAUCAUCGGUGGUACAAUUAGUGGCGUUGCCGCACUAGCGGCUUUGAUCUUCCUCGGCGUCUGGUUGUGGAAACGGAAGAAGGGCAAUAAUGGUGGGAACCAGAAAGCACAGCCCGGAUCUGAAGGCAAUGGUAACAUCCAGCCACUACUACCUAUGCAGGAGGGCUACGAAAAUCGCCCACCACCGCCAAUACCCGUCGCACGCGGGACUAUGACCCCAGUGACCGAGUUAGACGAAGAGUAUAGAGCGGAACCGUAUCAGCCAAAUUACCCCUACGGAUACGGUCCUGGCUCAUCCGCAGGUGGCAUUAUGGCUGUUGGCAACGGCUCACACCAGAUGGAUCAAGACGAAGAGCCCCUGACUCGGUAUAGUCGGGAAGUCGACGACUACCCCCAAGGUUACGACUCUGGACUAGUACGAAUCCCAGAGGAACAGUCCAGACCGCCCACAGCCCCCGUCAGCAACCUCGAUAGUCCUACGGUCCCUUAUCCAGGUCCCCGCGGAGGAGGCGGAGGACCGUUGUGGCAGCAGAACCGGGGCCCCGGCUGGGUCUAG